AUGAAUAACGUAACUAAAGACUUUGCAGCGGCGACGGGUGGGUGCAACUCAACUCUUGGCGAUGGUAGCAGUUACAACAGUAUGUUUGAAAACGUAAACAGUACCAACGACUUUGGCUGCUCGAAUGACUUCAUCCAAGCCUGGAGCCUUUUGGGAAAAACUGGAACUCGCUACGAUACUUUUAAAGUGUUCAGGCUUUUGAAAAAUCACUCCGACCCGAUUGAGCUACCGUGGUCGCGAGCGGCAUUGUGGGCAGGACAGAAUGUAAAUCCCAUGAAUACUUUUGAUGGAGUUUCGCACAAUGGUCUGGCAAAGCAUUUCCCCGAGUUUAUCGUCAGAAAUUUGUCUUUGGACGAAACAAACCUGGCAGGUUUGGAGUACUUUAGUCUAAUCGAUAUGUUUGCUACAAAUACAACAACCAAUUACCCAUCGCCAACGUCAUCUCUACCGCCAACAUAUCCCUAUCGCCAACGCCGUCGCAGUCGCCAAAUUCUCCAUCGCAAUGCAACGGAAGCGGCAUUCAUACUCCGUAUUCGCUUUAUGAAUACAAAUGCUGCCGGUCGCGAGCCCAAAAUGAUAGCUGUAGACUAA